AGGGUCGCAAAGUUAUAUCUAGGAUAUCUCCUAGUCCGCUCGUGUGCACACUUCCUUUCUCUCUCUCUCUCUCUCUCUUCCCGAUCCUCUGUCCCUCUAUUCGUCACUCUUUUGACUCAACAAUCCGAAUCUUGUCGAAAACACGACAGCUUUGCUGCUGUUGUGGCUUCUUUCGGUCGUCUCCCCAUCGAGUUUUCAUGUCUCGAUCCUGAAAAAUUCCUACAUCAACAAACUCUCGAUAACCCAACCCCCACGACCCACCAUGUUCGAGCGCUCAUUCCGGUCCCAGGACCGUAGCCGCAUCGAAAAGGCAGCAGCGCGGCUGGUGAAGAAGUCGAACUCGACCAAGGAUCCGCAUAGAUUGGCGAAGCUACAACGGUCGUUUGCGGAUGAAGCUCGGGCGGCGCAACCGGGCGCCGCCGCUACGUUGUCGUCGUCGUCGUCCCCGGUCGGCGGCAAUGGCAAGAGCAAGAGCAACAAAUCCCUGGCCCCCUCGCCUAUCGUCACCUUGAUGGUGGGCCGAGAGGGACGGCUGUUCGCGGCGCACGAGGACGUCCUGCGUCAGGCCCCCUUCUUCGACGCGGCCUGCCGGGACCGUCACUUCGUCGACGCACAGAGCAAGAGGAUCUCCCUCCCGGACGAAGAACCCGAGGUGUUUUCGGCCGUCCUCGAAUACCUCUACAAGGGCGACUACUACCCGCGCCUGGUGCACAACAGGCAGCGCAACUCUUGGGAGGUCGAGGAUGCCCCCGUCAGUCGAGGCACCCCGUACGCUUCGUCUUCCCCCUACUCCCCCCCCUACGUCGAUAACAACCCUUACCCCAACGGCGGUGGCCGCGCCGCCGCGAGCCCUCGCGGGCCGUCGGCCCCCACCACGGCCCCUGACGCCACGUUGUACGUGGCGGCGUGCGGGCAGGACAUUCUCCGCGACACGGCGGUCUACUGCGCGGCGGACCGGUACGGGCUCGAGGAGCUGAAGAAGGUGGCUCUGCGCAAGCAGGGUCUGCAGGCCGGCAUCGACGUCGGCACCAUCUUGCGGUCCGCCCAGUACGCCUACGCGCACACGCCCGACACGGACUCGCGGCUGCGCGCUCACUACCUCGCCCUGAUCAUCCGGUGUCGCAAGACAUUCAAGAGGAGCGGGACCAUGCAGGCCGAGAUGGAGCGGGGCGGCAGCAAGCUCUUUUUCGACCUCUUUGUCGCCAUGUGCAACCACCUCGACGACGUCAUCGACGUGAGCAACGCCCGCUCUCCGAAGACCAUCUGAGACGGUGGUAUGCUCUGUUGCUUCACAGGCGACUAAAACGACAAGCCCUAGAGGUCAUGUGUUUUUCUUUUUACUCGAUUUCUUUUCGUGUUGAGUGUUUUGAGCCGUCAUCAACUACAGAUUGUGAUACCCCAGAGAAGUGCAACAAGGAAGACGGCGGAUUCA